AUGAAAUUAAUAGAGUUUACACAUCAAGCUAUUCUAUUCCUCUAAUAACAAGAGAGAUUAAAAUGGAAUUCUUUCGCUAAGUUUUAUUUGAACAAUAUCAAUAAAUUUAGUUAUCGAUUAGAUAUAAUUGAUUAGUUCUACAAUAUAGAUGUUUUUUUGAUUUGGUAAUUGAUAAUUAUUCAUUAAAGAUCUAUGAUAAACAAGAAACAAGAUGAAGUAGUAUCAAUUGAAGAUUUCAUUGAGCGUCUAUACUAAUUGUGGGUCUAUCAUCCAAGGUGUUUAAUAAAACCAUAAUAAGAAUUGCAAUUGACUUAGUCGAAUUCCCCUAUGGCUAAAAAAUCAUAAGCACAAUUAUCUUAAUAAAAAUAAAGUCCUCAAAUUAGAAAACAAGGGACUAUGCUAUCCGAAACCUCUCGGAAGAAAUGA